GUAGAUUGACAUCGAACAAGUGGAAGGAGAAUAAUUUAGAAACGACGCUUCUCCAAGUGGUUCACAUGCUAAAUCACCUAGUUUGCCAAUCGCGACUGAAGGAGCUGAGGUAAGUGAUGCAGCAAAGCCAAGCGCCAUGCUUUAGUCUCUCAUCUCAACGUCAUUGCUCUCUCUCUCUCUUUUCCUCUCUCCAAUUUUCUUCAGCCUUAACGGAAGUACAUCGCAGUCGAGUCCACCCCAACCCGUCUUGGCACUGUCAAGGUAGCUUGUUCCAUGUCAGUCUGUUAAGCCUCCUUCACUGCACUUAGUCCCUCGUCGCUCUCAAACAACAACCUCACUCGCUGCACCUUCAAGCAGUUUCAUAACUAUUACCUCAAUCUCAUCACGGCAUCAUCUUCUUUCACUUCUUUUCUCGUCAGCCUCUUGUCGGCUGAGCUCAAUAAACUUGCAUCGCUCUGCAUCGACUGACUCUAGAGUACAGCUCAUAUACCGUGAAGAAACAUACACAUACGUCACACAGUAGACCUCACAAUGGCCGAUAAAUACAUCCUCCGUGUGACUGCAGGACCAGGCUACGAUCUGGACUGUCAAACAGAAGUCCCCGUCAACCAGGCCAAGCCCACGAAGAUCACCAGUGCCCUCGCCGACAUUGAGCUCAACGUCAGGAUACAAAACUACGCCGGUCUCCCUCGCAACUCACCCUCUACCUCACCCUACUUCUCCGAGGAACCGCACGCCACCAAUAAAGACCAGUACAGUAUCUCCUUCCGCUUCACGCCCAAAAAGCCCGCAAACGCCUCCUCAUCGACAGACGGCAUAUCGGCAGAGGACCUGCAAUUCGGCAACGACUUUGACCACCCCAUCCGCGACCGUCUUCCGCCUGGCUUCAACACGGCACUCAACAUUGUAAAGUGGUGGAUCGACCCCGGUCUGGACGGCGACGCCUACGCCGACGUCCCUCAUCUCUACGGCCCCGCGCUAAGCUCCUUCAACACGAUCCAUGUGGGUUCCGGCGUCCAUGACGAAGAAAAAGGCGGGCUGUGGUUCGAGGAGGGAGGCGACGAGGCCGGCCUCGAAGCACGAGAGAAGAUUGGCGCGCCAGCCACGUCCAAGGAGCGCAUGAAGUGGGCGCUCCGCAAGGACAGCAAGGAGAAUUGGCUGUUUGAGUACGGCAAGACGUACGGCUUGGACUUUUUCAAUGCCUACCUCGACUUUGCCAACCUGGCGUUGCGCUUACCCGGUUACCAACUCGCCAUCAUGAAGUACUGGGACGGGCAAGGUCUUCGGGAGGGGGAGCCUAAGCGCUCACAUACGCUUAGAUACGUUCUCCGGAACAAGACCACCGGCGACGUCUACCUCGUCGUCCUCUUCGAGAUCCACCUCAAGGACGACGUGAACGAAGACGGCACGCUGAAGACCAGUGCCAGGGGCGUCAAGACUGGUGCACUACCGCCGCCGGCCAAGGACGACCACGAGCCUCACGACGAGGCCAAGGCGCUCGAGGAAGCUAGGAAGAAGAUGGGUCCCGCUGCGCAUGAGACGGAGGAGACCAAUGCCGACGAUGUGGACUAGAGUGAUGAGCCGAGUACAUUCACACGAGAAGUAUGAAGCUUUUGUGAUUAGAUUUGGUUGAUCCUUUUCACCCUAGAUUAUGUCGGAAGGCGAGACAGCAUGGCUGAUAGACACGAAUGGAUGAUUGGGAGGGAGCAGGGCCGGGACUACAUAUAACUUAAUAA